UUAAAAAUAAACAAAAUGGCGGACACCAAGAGAAAAUCAAGGAAAAGAAAAACAAGCGAAAAGGAGAGUGAAGAGAUUGAAAAACUUAAACACCGCGAAACUUUCUAUGAGCAGCCACCGCCUGCAUACAUUAAGGAGAAUGAUGAAAAACCAGAAGAUUGUAUUCCAGAUCUUCCAGAGAACCAGGAAGCAAGAAAGUUCCUUGCAGAAGCACCUAGCAAGGGAUUAUGGAUGCCAUUGGGGAAAGAAGUCAAAGUCAUGAAAUGCUGGAGGUGCAAGGCAUAUGGUCAUAGAACUGGAGACAGAGAAUGUCCAAUGUUUAUAAGUGGAAACAUGUCAUCAGAAAAAUUCAGAAUUGCUCAUGAAGACCCCAUGUAUGAAGUGAUAAAGGCAAAUAAGAGGGAAGAAAAGGAAAAAAGAGUUGCUCUCCUGAAAGCACUGUUAGAGGAAACAACUACUUCAGAAAGUGACUCUGAUUCUGACUCAGACCAUUCAAGAAAGAAGCACAAAAAAGAGAAAAAGGAAAGAAAAAAGAACAAAAAAAGCCGCAAAACAAAAAAGCACAAGUAUCACAGGAGCUCAAGCAGUGAUAGUAGUGACAGUGAUGCAAAUAAUGCUAAAAUACACUCCAAGAAAAGAUGUAGAAAUGACAGUGAAAGUAACAGUGACUCUGAAAGAAAAGACCACUCUAAAAAACAUAAUUCCAGUCAAAAAUAUGACAAAAACAUAGAUGUUAAACAGGACAAAAAAGAAAAACAUCACAAGAAGAAAUAUCAUGAUGACAGUGACAAUAGCUUGAAUUCUGAUAGAAGAGACAACUCCAGAAAGCAACAUUAUAGAAAAUCCGAUGAAGAUAAAACUAGAAGAAGUACAAAAGAUCACAAGAAGCAUAAACAUAAGAGAAGGCAUGAUAAAAGUGAUAGUGAUUCUAGUCCAGACAGAUACCAACAAUCCAGGAAGAAGGACAAGACUAGGGAUUGCUGAUCAAUAUUUAUUUAUUAGUAAAUAGCACUGAACAUCAGAUUUUUGUAUCUUCUUUGUAAUAAAAUAGCAGAGAAUUA